AUGCACGCUGCGCAAACACUUCUUUCAUUUGGCUCGCUGUUCGGUGCGGCUACGACUUUACCAGGAUGUGGUGAGGUCAACGUCUUGUACACUGGCUUGCCAGGACGUCAUAACUAUGUGACGCAGCGGGGCUACGACCCCGUUCUCACGGAGGCACAGAUCUUUAAUCACACACGCGAACUGCGUGAGGCAGGAUAUAAUGUGCGAGCUGUUUGGAGAGGCCCCGAGAUUCCUGGGUCUGAGCUCAGCGAACACAUGAAGGAUAUCCAUUGGCACGCUGCUGGUAUUGGAUUUGGCGUUCGGGGAUCUAGCAUAUCGGAUGUCAUUACUCUGUUUAAAGAGACGAUUGAUAUUUACCGCAAGGAAGCUCCCGAUGCCAAGUUUGUGUUCAACUAUAACCCGCUGACGUUUUUAUGGUCUGUUAAGCGGUAUUUCCCGCUAUCAAGUGACUGCAAGGACCAGCUAGGAAAGGAUUUGGGAUAUGUCACGCUUUGUGACAAGGAGUGCGCUUGA